UUAAUAUUUCAACAUUCUAUUGUUUCGUCGUCAUCAACAGGAGAAGAAAACGAGGAUAUGGCAGGAGAGGAUUUGAUUGCCCAGUUUCAGACGCUCGGCAUGAGCGAGCAAAAGGCCAAGGAGACGCUCAAGAAUGCCAACGUGACGAAGAACCUACAACUGGCGCUGGCCCAGGCAGCCGGUGCUCCCCUCGCCGACGGAACGGGCAUGUUGCUCUACCACAUGGCCAGCAAACUGAAGCCGCAACAGGCGGAGCAGCUGCCUCUUCUGGUGCGCUACAUUGUGGAGCGAAAGUUGGACAACACCCAGCGGGUGGAUGCCGCCCUGGAGUAUGUUCUCAAGUGUGGCCAGAAACUGAAAGCCAGCAUCGAUGUGAAGGAGCUGGAACGGGAGUGCGGAGUGGGUGUAGUGGUCACGCCGGAGGAGAUCGAACGCAUUGUGCAGGCCAAGAUCAAGAGCAGCUACAAGGAAACUCUGCUGGAGCAGCGCUACCAUUUCAAUUCCUUCAAAAUACUGCAGGAUGUGAGGAGCGAGCUCAAGUGGGCGGAUGCCAAGUCCGUGAAAGCAGCUAUAGACGUGGAGAUAUUCGAUCUGCUGGGACCCAAGACGGAGGCGGACUCGAAGCCACCUGCCAAGCAGAACGAGAAACCCAAGGCGGCCAAACCCAAGCCAGAGGCAAAUCAAUCUUCACAGGCUGUGGAGGCUGCAUCCGACGGAGCCAACACCAUAGCGGAGCUAAUGAAAACGAAGGUUCACUUCCACGCUCCCGGCGAGAACUUCAAGACUGAUGGCUAUGUCGUGACGGAGCAUACCGAGAGAUUAUUAAAGGAGCAUCUCCAGAAGACUGGCGGCCGUGUCCACACGAGAUUUCCGCCCGAACCCAAUGGCAUCUUGCACAUUGGCCACGCGAAGGCCAUUAACAUCAAUUUCGGCUAUGCUGCUGCCCAGGAUGGCAUCUGCUAUCUGCGCUAUGACGACACCAAUCCCGAGAAGGAGGAGGAAAAGUUCUUUGUGGGCAUCAAGGAUAUGGUGGAGUGGCUGGGAUACAAGCCCGCCAAGAUCACCUACUCCUCCGACAACUUCCAGCAGCUGUACGAAUGGGCUGUGGUCCUCAUACGCAAGGGAUUGGCCUAUGUCUGCCACCAGAAAGCGGAGGAGCUGAAGGGCUUCACUCCCAAGCCCAGCCCCUGGCGUGAGCGUCCCAUUGAGGAGUCGCUGCAACUGUUCGAGGACAUGAAGAGGGGUAAAAUCGACGAGGGAUUGGCCACCCUGCGCCUGAAGGUUACUCUGGAAGAGGGAAAAGUUGAUCCGGUGGCGUAUCGCAUCAAGUUUAUUGCACACCAUCGCACAGGCGGCGCCUGGUGCAUUUAUCCUACGUACGACUACACGCACUGCCUGUGCGAUUCCAUCGAACAGAUCACCCACUCACUGUGCACCAAGGAGUUCCAGUCGCGUCGCUCCUCCUACUACUGGCUGUGCAAUGCCCUGGAGAUCUACUGUCCAGUGCAGUGGGAAUACGGCAGGCUGAACAUGAACUAUGCCUUGGUCUCCAAGCGGAAAAUUGGCAAACUGAUUACCGAGAAGAUUGUUCACGAUUGGGAUGAUCCCAGGCUGUUCACCCUGACGGCUCUGCGGCGCAGGGGCUUCCCAGCGGAGGCCAUUAACAAUUUCUGCGCCCAGAUGGGUGUGACUGGAGCUCAAAUCGCUGUGGAUCCAGCCAUGUUGGAAGCCUCUGUGCGCGAUGUACUCAAUGUGACGGCGCCACGUCGUCUGGUUGUGCUGGAACCCCUCAAGGUGACCCUCAAGAACUUCCCGCAUGCAGCGCCCGUGCAGUUGGAGGUGCCCGAUUUCCCACAAAAUCCAGAAAAAGGUUCGCACAAGAUCACCCUCGACAAGGUGAUCUACAUAGAGCGAGGCGACUUCAAAGUGGAGCCCGAGAAGGGCUACCGCCGCCUGUCGCCCCAGCAAUCGGUGGGCCUUCGUCAUGCCGGUCUGGUGAUCAGCGUGGAGGAGAUUGUGAAGCAUCCAGCCACCGGAGAAGUUGUCGAACUGAUCUGUUCCAGCCAAUCUGCUGAGCAGGCCGAGAAACCCAAGGCCUUUGUCCAAUGGGUCUCCCAGCCCAUACCGCUGGAGGUGCGUCUGUACGAGCAGCUGUUCAAGCACAAGAAUCCCGAGGAUGCCAAUGAGGUGCCCGGCGGCUUCCUAACCGACAUCAGCGAGCACACCAUCUCCGUGGUCCAGGCCUUUGCGGAUCAGGCCCUCGCCCAGGUCAAGGUCUAUGACAAGUUCCAAUUCGAGAGGAUUGGCUUCUUCUCCGUGGAUCCGGACACCACAAACAAUAGAAUUGUUUUCAAUCGCACUGUGGGCCUCAAAGAGGACGCGGGCAAAAAGUAAUUCUCACUUUUACAGAUACGAAGAGAAAAGAAUGUUUUUCGCACAUUAAAAUUUGAUUUAUAA